UCCAACUCUUAAUGAAGUUGCAGUUGUUAUGGCUGGUGAUCCAUGUGAACGUCGAGAUAUUCGCAUACAACGCAGAGAUAACACGAUGCAAAUAAUUCAAGACAAUCAUCGUUCUUAUGAUGCACUGCAAUAUCCAUUGAUAUUUUGGGAAGGAGAAGAUGGAUAUCAUUUAAAUAUUAAACAACGGAAUCCAACUACAGGUGAAGAACUGAUCAAGAAAGUUAGUGCGAUGAACUUCUACGCAUACCGGUUGAUGAUUCGUGCUAAUGAAGAAAAUCACAUUCUCCGAUGCAGACAGCUAUUUCAUCAGUAUGUAGUCGAUAUGUAUGUUAAAAUCGAAAGUGAGAGGUUACGGUAUAUAAAAUUUAAUCAAGUAAAACUUCGUUCUGAGGAAUACAUUCAUUUACGUGAUGCUGUAAUCGGUAACGUAGAUGCAACGAAUGAUAUAAACAACAUCGGUACCGCAUAUAUUCUUCCAUCAUCAUACAUUGGUAGUCCGCGUCAUAUGCAAGAAUAUAUUCAAGACGCCAUGACUUACGUACGUGCAUACGGCCGACCAGAUCUUUUUAUCACAUUUACGUGUAAUCCAAACUGGGAUGAAAUUAACAUUUUACUGUUGUCAGGUCAAACAACAAUGCAUCGCCAUGAUAUUACUGCACGUGUGUUCAAACAAAAAUUAAAAUCUUUGAUGAAUUUGAUUACACAUCACUCGGUAUUUGGUGAAACACUAUGUUGGCUUUACUCUGUUGAAUGGCAAAAACGAGGUUUACCUCAUGCGCAUAUUUUGAUUUGGUUAGUGGAUAAAGUAUGCCCACAAGAAAUUGACAAAAUUAUUUCAGCGGAGAUUCCGGAUCCGAAUUUUGAUAAAGAAUUAUUUAACAUUGUUACUACUAAUAUGAUCCAUGGUCCAUGUGGUACUCUAAAUAUGGUGUCACCAUGUAUGGAUAAUGGGAAAUGUACAAAACGUUUUCCAAAACCAUGUCAAACUGAUACUAUCACCAAUAUCGACGGUUAUCCAUCUUACCGUCGUAGAGACGUAGACAAUGGUGGUCAAUCAUAUGAAUUACGCCUGUCAAACGGUGUAAGAGUAGAUAUUGAUAAUCGCUGGGUGGUUCCAUAUUCACCAUUGCUGUGCAAAACCUAUAAAGCACACAUAAACGUUGAAUUAUGCAGUUCGGUGAAGUCUAUCAAAUACAUUUGUAAGUACGUUCAUAAGGGCAGUGAUAAAGCUAUAUUUUCUGUUCAAAAUGUAAACGACAAUGAUGAAAUAACACGUUAUCAAUUGGGAGAUACAUAAGUAGUAAUGAAGCUAUUUGGCGCAUUUUUUCGUUCCCUAUACAUGAAAGGAAUCCUGCUGUUAUACAUUUGGCUGUGCACCUUGAAAAUGGACAGCGUGUUUAUUUUACAGAACAGACUGCAAUACAACAAGCUUUAA